CUAAUUGGCCUGCCUAUUUCAUUGCAAUUCUGCAAGUGGCAAAGUCAAUUCGGUGCUCCUGAGGCUUCGACAGCAUGAUGGAGACGAUGGAUAAGUUCGGCCUCGCGCACUGCGAUCUCCCGACCAUGAUGUGGAAUGUCGCGGUGAUGCUGCGAAUGGUGGCGGUGAAGAUCGAGGGUAGCGCGAAAUCAAUCCCAAUAUUCUUCUACCUCCUGGCGGCUGUAUCCAUAGUGCUAUACUUCUUCAACUACUACGCGUCCAUGAUCGUGUUCGUGUUGGUGGACUGCCGGGAGACGGGCGACGUCCUGGCCGCCAUCAUGGCGCUGUCCCUCAGCAUCACCAGCUUGAUUGGCAUCAACAAGCUAAUGUACAUGUACAUACAUCAGGACAAAGUGCAAUCAUUAGUGGCUGACUACAUAUCCUAUGACCGCGAGCUCCACUGGCCAGGCACCGCUGCCCUAAUGGCCGACCUCAUGAGGAAUGUUAAGAUGAGACUGAUAUUGUUCUGGGCUGUCACGAUGGGCAACGCGUUCAUCUUUAAUUUGCAGCCUCUUGCGAUGCCGUCAGCAGUGUCGAGACUUAACUUGUAUGACAAACAUGUGGUGUAUGGUUUGAAAUUUAUCCUGGGCAUAACAAACUACCCGAUCGCUCUAGUCAACAUAGUCAUCUGCGUUUUCUUUAUCUGCUCCGUAACCUCAUGCAUCGGUGGUCUCCUCAUCGUAACCACUGGUUACAGUGAAGUAAGAUUGCUGGCUCUCAGCCAAGAAAUGCGAGAUCUCUGGAGCGAUGCGCAUCAACACUACAGUGAGAAUUUUGAAGGGGAUAGUGAAGGCAAAAAGGCAGCAAAGGAAUUGAAUAAUUAUGUUAACUAUCGCUUGCAAGUCAUAGUUAAAAGCCACGCGAUUAAUAUUGAUCUUAUUAAAAAGCUUGAAGGUAUUUUCCGGAACGCGAUUGCAGUCGAAUUUAUUUUGGUUACAGCAUGCCUUAGUAUAGAUUUAUUAGGGGGUUUGGAGGACACGUUUAUAAUUUUACCUUUUUCCUUAAUGCAAGUCAGUAUGGACUGCUAUUUGGGGCAAAAGUUGAUGGAUGCUAGCAAAGUUUUCGAGGACUCUAUUUAUGAUUGUAAGUGGGAGAAUUUCGAUGUUAAAAAUAGGAAGACUGUCCUUUUGAUGUUGAAGAUGUCGCAGAGAACGCUGUCGCUGUCGGCUGGUGGUGUGGCCACGCUCAGCUUCGAGUGUUUGAUGGCGAUCUAUAAAAGUGUGUUUUCCGCUUAUACAGCUUUAGAAUCAACGAUGAAGUAAAUUAAAAUGUAAUAUAAUUAGAGUCCGCGUAAUUCUAACUCUACAUUGACUUUUCAGCGACAAUGUGUGGUAGAGCCUUAAUAAAGGAAUUUGACGUUUAUGAUCAAACCCCGUUAUCGAUGUUGCUUUUCAAUUAAAAUCAGGGUUUCUUCCCCGUUAUGUCGCUUGCGAAUUCGUGGUAGAGGCCAGAUACUGUGAAGUGAAGUGAUGGUGGACGAAAAUUAAAUAUCGAUUGAUUUAAUCAUAAAAGAAAUUGGCGUCAAUCUUAUCUAGCGUCUACACGUAACCACCAGCAAUUUUAGAUUAAUGGUGAUAACGCACUCUUAAUUACUUAAUUAACGACAUUAAAUAGAAAAAAAUGUUUUAGUUUAAUUUUUAUAGUUAAUUAGUGUUAAUCAAUCGACCGACGACCAGACGACCGGUCUGGCCUAGUGGGUAGUGACCCUGCCUGCGAAGCCGAUGGUCCUGGGUUCGAAUCCCAGUAAGGGCAGUAUUUGUAUGAUGAUACAGAUAUUUGUUCCUGAGUCAUGGGUGUUUUCUAUGUAUUUAAGUAUUUGUAUAUUAUAUAUAUAUCGUUGUCUGGGUACCCACAACACAAGCCUUCUUGAGCUUACCGUGGGACUUAGUCAAUCUGUGUAAGAAUGUCCUAUAAUAUUUAUUUAUUUAUUUUAUUUAUGUCAUUUCAUAUAUUUAAUUAUUAUUAAAAUGAAUGAAGCCAUGGUGCCAUAGUCAAAAGUCAAUAGAAAAUAAAAGCUUGGAUUUAAA